AUGUCUGAAGUUUGGUGUAAUGUCCUCAACCCUCAUUCUUCUGACGAUCAAAUUACUGUUAUUAUCAAGGAUGACAUUGGUUUCAUUCCUGGAAAAGCUGACCAAACCGAGAGAUAUCCUCAUGAUGAUGAUGAGGAUGGAAAAAUGAAACCCUUGAUCCUCAAAAACAAGCCCCCUAGAUGGCAUGAGCAGUUACAGUGUUGGUGCCUGAAUUUCCGAGGCAGGGUAACUGUGGCAUCCGUGAAGAACUUUCAGUUGAUCGCCACCACACAGCCAGCUGCUGGUGCACCCACUCCAUCUCAGCCAGCCCCACCUGACAUCGAUAAGAUAAUCCUACAGUUUGGCAAGGUCGGCAAAGAUAUGUUCACCAUGGAUUACCGUUAUCCACUAUCUGCAUUCCAGGCUUUUGCAAUCUACCUGAGCAGCUUUGACACCAAAUUGGCUUGUGAAUAGAAUGAACAAAAAGGGAUAUUUGUGGCCAGCAAAACACAUAAAAGAUUAAUGACAAUCUUUAACUUCUUUCUUCUUUCUCU